AUGUAUAUGGCAGCAUUUAGGGAGAGUGCUAGACGAGCGAUGAAAGACAUGGGCGACUUUUUGGAAUCAGCUCCUGGAAAUGUGGCCAUCUUCGAUGCCACGAACACAACACGUGAACGGCGCGGAUGGAUCACGAAGUAUUGCCUCGAGAAUCAUUUCCGUUGUUUCUUCGUCGAGAGCAUUUGUGAUGAUGAGAAGAUCAUCGAAAGCAACAUUACGGACGUGAAAAUCAACUCACCUGAUUACAAGGGCUUAAUGACCGAAGAACAAGCCAAAGAGGACUUCAUUAAGAGGAUUAACAAUUACAAGAAAAUGUAUGAACCAUUGGAUGAGGUUUAUGAUAAAGAUUUGGCGUAUAUUAAAGUGAUCAAUGCGGGUCGAUCCUUCUUUGUGCAUAAUGUCAACGGACAUGUACAGAGUAGGGUCGUUUACUUCCUUAUGAACAUUCAUCUACUGCCUCGAGCCAUUUACCUCACAAGGGUGAGUGAUUGA